GGCGGGCGAGGUCAAUGUCUCGCUGCAGGACGACUUGCUGGGCGCCGCCGAGGCGGCCCCCGACGCGGCGCUGGCGGCGGCCGAGGAGGAGGUGGAGGAUCCCUCGCAGCUGCUGCACUCCAUAGGCACGUUUGCGCAGGUGCACACCAUCGUGCCGCACGAGCAGGGCGCGCAGCUGCUGCUGCUGGGCCACCGCCGCAUCGAGCAGACGGGCCUGGUGGACCGCGACCCUCUGCGGGUCUCCAUCAUGCACCUGAAAGAGCAGCCGUACAACGCAUCUGACGACAUGCUGCGGGCGACCACCAUGGAAAUCAUCUCCACCCUCAAGGAGCUGCUGCACAUGCACCCGCUGUACAACGAGCAGAUGCGCAACUUCAUACAGUUUGGCGCCGACUUCCACGACCUGUCCCGCCUGGCAGACCUGGCCACCAGCCUGACCAGCGGCGACAGCGCCGCGCUGCAGGCGGUGCUGGAGCAGCUGAGCGUGCCGGAGAGGGCCCACCAGGCGCUGGUGCUGCUGAAGAAGGAGGUGGAGCUGUGCCGCCUGCAGGCCGACAUAGGCAAGCGGGUGGAGGAGAAGAUUUCCAAGGACCAGCGGCGCUACUUCCUCAUGGAGCAGCUGAAGAGCAUCAAGAAGGAGCUGGGGCUGGAGAAGGACGAGAAGACGGCGCUGGUGCAGAAGUUCCGGGAGCGGCUGGAGCCGCUGCGGGAGCACCUCCCGGAAGCUGCCGAGAAGGUGAUCGAGGAGGAGCUGGAGAAGCUGCAGGCCAUCGAGCCCGCCUCCUCCGAGUUCAACGUCACCCGCAACUACCUGGACUGGCUGACAUCCAUUCCCUGGGGCCAGCACUCCCAGGAGAAGCUGGAGGUGACGGCUGCCAAGCAGGUGCUGGAUGAGGACCACUACGGGCUGGAGGAUGUGAAGGACCGCAUCCUGGAGUUCAUUGCUGUGGGCAAGCUGCGCGGCAGCACGCAGGGCAAGAUUCUGUGCCUGGUGGGGCCGCCUGGGGUGGGCAAGACCAGCAUUGGGCGCUCCAUCGCCCGCGCCCUCAACCGCAAGUACUACCGCUUCUCGGUGGGGGGCCUGAGCGAUGUGGCGGAGAUCAAAGGCCACCGCCGCACCUACGUCGGCGCAAUGCCCGGCAAGAUGGUGCAGUGCCUGAAGACCACCGGCACCUCCAAUCCCUUUGUUCUCAUAGACGAGAUAGACAAGCUGGGGCGCGGGUACCAGGGCGACCCCGCCUCCGCCCUGCUGGAGCUUCUUGACCCCGAGCAGAACUCCGGCUUCCUGGACCACUACCUGGAUGUGCCUGUGGACCUGUCCAAGGUUCUGUUCAUGUGUACCGCCAACGUGCUGGACACGAUCCCGGGGCCGCUGCUGGACCGCAUGGAAAUCAUACGGCUGAGCGGCUACAUCUUUGACGAGAAGGUGGCCAUCGCGCGGACCUACCUGGAGCCGCAGGCGCGCACCAAUGCUGGGGUGCCAGAGGGCGCGGUGCGAGUGACAGACGCGGCGCUGGCAGCGCUGGUGGACGACUAUGCCAGGGAGGCGGGGGUGCGCAACCUGAAGAAGCAGCUGGAGAAGAUCUACCGCAAGGCAGCCCUGAAGCUGGUCACCAUGGGGGUGGUGCCAGAGGCGGCGGCGGCACCGCCCUCCGACCAGCAGCAGCAGCAGGCGGCGGCGGCGGCGGCGGCGGCGGAAGGCGAGGCCGGCGCCGCUGGCAGCAGCAGCAGCCCCAGCAGCGAGAACGACGGCGGCAGCCGGGCGCAGCAGCUGGCUGAGUCGGCAGAGGGCGCCGCCGCCACCGCGCUGGCAGAGCCGCUCAUUGUGAUCGACGGCGGCGACCUCAAGGAGUAUGUGGGGCAGCCGCCAUACCCCACAGACAAGAUCUACGCAGAGGGGACGCCCGUGGGCGUGGUCAUGGGGCUGGCCUGGACGGCCCUGGGCGGCAGCACGUUGUAUGUGGAGGCCGCCAGGGUGGAGCGUGGGGAGGGCAAGGGCAGCCUGAAGACCACAGGCCAGCUGGGCGACGUGAUGAAGGAGAGCGCCGCCAUCGCCCACACCUUUGCCCGCAAGUUCCUGGAGCAGGCGGCGCCGUCCAUGCAGGGCCAGGCCGCCGCUUUCUUCGCUGACCAUGCCAUACACCUGCACGUGCCCGCGGGCGCCACCCCCAAGGACGGCCCCAGCGCUGGCUGCACCAUCAUCACCGCCCUGCUGUCGCUGGCCCUAGACCGCCCCGUGCUGCCAGACCUGGCGAUGACGGGCGAGGUGACGCUGACUGGCAAGGUGCUGCCCAUUGGCGGCGUGAAGGAGAAGACUCUGGCGGCGCGGCGCUCGGGCGUGCGGCACCUCGUGUUCCCAGAGGGCAACCGGCGGGACUGGGAGGAACUUACAGAGGACGUCAAGGCGGGUCUGGAUCCACACUUUGUGUCCCACUACGACCAGAUCUAUGCGUUGGCAUUCGGGGACGAGGCGGCCAGUCCGCGGCAGCAGCAGGAGGCGGCGGCGGCGACGGCGGCAUGACCCGGCCGGCGGCAGCUGCAGCAGUAGGUGCCACCUAGUGGUGGAGGCAGCGGGCGGCGCCAGCGCCGAGAGCCUGCCGCGCAGCCGGCCAGUCGAGUCGGAGGCUCCUGCCGGCCUGCAGCGGCGGCAGGUGGGGGAGGCGGCGGCAGCGGAUCGCGUCCCCGCGCCGCCUGGGAGACCCCGACGCCUGCCAAUGUGUGGGCCCACUCAGUUGUUUGUGAAUUGGAGGAACGUGCUCCUUUCAGAGGAAAGCGCCUG